GUAUCGGAUGAGUUGUAACGAUGAUGGUCGUCCCUGUGAGGUAAACGAUAGAGCAGAGAGAGAAAGAGAGAGGGAGAGAGAGAUUCAUUUCAGUUUAUUUAACUUAUUUCAGAUUUGGUUUCUUUCCAUAUUUUUCCAUGUGCUGAUGGAGAACACAGGGGCCAACAUACAGAUUGAGCAUGGUGGGAAUCCCCCACCGUACUACUUGGUGAUAAAGCCCACUGAACCCCCUCCUCCAUAUACAAGGGUCCAGUCAUUACCGGAAGCCCCUCCAGUUGUCCCGUACUACACCAGCCACCCUCUACCUCAAGAACUUCCUCCUCAUGUUCCUCAACGUGUCAUCACUAGCCAGCUACAAGAUCUACCAGACCAGAGGCAGAGCAGACUGGUGGUAACACAUCAUAAAAAAGCUCGCUGCUAUGGAGGCUCAGGUGGAUCUGUCCUUAUUUUAGUUCUCGUUGGAAUUGCAAUCUGGCUAGGAGUGCGAUAUGGCAUGGCAGUGAUGUCCAGAGGGAAGUCAGACACGUGCCCACCCUACGCUGUCAUUUGUGAUGGACAUUCCGAUUGCCAACAUGGCAGUGACGAGACUAUCUGCGUGAGGUUUGGAGAAAACAAUGAACUUCAGGUCAUGACCUCCAACUCCAGUGGCUUCCUUCCCGUCUGCUUUGCUGACUGGAAUCAAAACCUGGCUACACAGACCUGUGAGCAGCUCGGCUUCAGAGGAAGUUACCGGUAUGGAGCCUUAAAAUCGACUGCAAGCUCAUUUCUCUUUGUGACCUCUCAGUCCUCAGAUCCCAUACAGGGAAAGGUUAAUGUCAGCACGUCGUGUCCUGGUAAAAGGUCAGCGUUUCUCCAGUGCAGUGACUGUGGGCGUCCAGAGACCAGCGCACGGAUCAUUGGAGGGAGUGUGGCAUCGACGGGUCAGUGGCCCUGGCAGGUCAGCCUGCAUUUCGAGGGUUCUCAUGUAUGUGGAGGCUCAGUGGUGUCGCAGGAUUUCAUAGUGAGUGCUGCACACUGCUUUAACAGUGAACCCCAGUCGGGGAAGAUAGCGGAAAAUUGGCGCGUUUACCUGGGGGUGGAGUCACAGUACAUGCUACCACCACCGCAUUACAUAGCUGACAUCAUCAUACAUGAGCUCUACAACCCUAAGACACACGACAACGACAUCGCACUGCUUAAACUCACUCAGCCCAUCAACUUCACCAGUACAGUGAAGCCUGUAUGCCUUCCUGCAUAUGACCAGGUUGUCUUAACAGGCACAGAGUGUUGGACUACAGGAUUUGGAGUAACGCAGGAAGGAGAAGCCCUUGGUUCCAGUCAGUUGAUGGAGGUAGCAUUAGAAAUCAUUGACAGGACUGUGUGUAACACUGACUACAAAGGUCUCAUCUCUAACAACAUGCUGUGUGCAGGAGAUAUGAAUGGGAGUAGAGACACCUGCCAGGGUGACAGCGGUGGUCCUCUAGUGUGUCAGGAGAAUGACGGGCGCUGGUAUCUCUUCGGCGUGACAAGCUGGGGGAGUGGGUGUGGCCGUGUGAACAGCCCUGGUGUCUACAGCAACGUGCACACCCUCCUUACAUGGAUCCACAGCAAGAUGGAGGAAGACAGACCAUGAAGACAGUCUGCUGUCUGAAGACACUUUACUGCUACACCUGUAUUGGGAAGCACAUGGCUUGACAUCUUCCCCUUUAUUGUGUUAAGAUUUCCAUAUUUAUUUUCCAUCAUAGAACAGAAUCAUAUCUGUGAGACUCACUUUAUCUCUCGAUCUGUAUUCGGUUUUCAUCUCAUCAGGGAUUGCUGUCAUACAUUAAUAUAUGUCUUGAACAUUAUCCACAGUUUUUUCACAAGCUCCAUCAUUGUAUUGUACGUAUUGGCUGUAAGACUUCUUCUCCCACCUCAGCCUUUACCAGCAGGUGAUCAGCAUCUCCCCUGAUUGGGUUAAAAAAACCUUUGAGGAGAAUAAGAAGCUUUCUUGGGACUUCUUGCUCUGUGGUUCCUCUGACAGUCUUUAGAGGCACAACACCUCACAACGGGGCGUUUCAACCUAAUAAAAGAAAUGAAAUGUUAUAGAACUCUCAUCUUGAUUUCUUCUUCACAAUGCUACUGUGAUAUUGAACUGUUUCUUCAUUAGCACUGUGACCGCGCUCUAAACCCAGCGUGCUCUAAACUAACACUAAAUAAAGAUCUUGAAGUUUGUUGA